CUCCGUUUGGUCCAUGCGGCUUGAUUCUGCUCGUGUUUGUUCGUGCGCCCGCCCCACCACACCUGGUGGUCAAGCCGGGCCCCGGCCUGUGCGCACCUCUUGCUGUCGGCAACUCGGGCUCGUGCUCUACGGGCUGCGGGGCCCCGACCAGAUAGGUGAUUGGCCGGUCGACGUGGCUGCGCUUGGACCGUUUCUAAGCUAUAAAUCCAGCUCCACGACGUUUGCCUGCGCCGAGCCACACCGCCCGCACCCUCCACGGGCCACACAGACACCGACGACAACGACGAUGACGGCCGGCCAGCCGCUCCGCACCGAGCCAGCCCAGCCCCAGCGCCUGCGCCACAGCGGCCCGCCGGCGCUCCACGCGGCCGUCGUGCCGUCCUACCCGCCCCCGGAGUCGGACAGCGACGAGUCCUGGGUCUGGUCCCAGAUCAAGGCCGAGGCGCGCCGCGACGCUGACGCCGAGCCGGCGCUCGCAUCCUUCCUCUACGCCACCGUGCUCUCCCACCCCUCCCUCGACCGCUCCCUCUCCUUCCACCUCGCCAACAAGCUCUGCUCUUCCACCCUCCUCUCCACGCUCCUCUACGACCUCUUCGUUGCCUCACUCGCCGCGCACCCGUCCCUCCGCGCCGCCACCGUCGCCGACCUCAUCGCCGUGCGGUCCCGGGACCCCGCCUGCGCCGGGUUCGCGCACUGCCUCCUCAACUACAAGGGCUUCCUCGCCGUGCAGGCGCACCGAGUCGCGCACGUGCUCUGGGCGCAGAGCCGACGCGCCCUGGCGCUCGCGCUCCAGUCCCGCGUCGCGGAGGUCUUCGCCGUCGACAUCCACCCGGCCGCCGCCAUCGGCAAGGGCGUCCUCCUGGACCACGCCACGGGCGUCGUCAUCGGCGAGACCGCCGUCGUCGGGGACAACGUCUCCAUCCUCCACCACGUGACGCUGGGCGGGACCGGCAAGGCGGUGGGCGACAGGCACCCCAAGAUCGGCGACGGCGUGCUCAUCGGCGCCGGCGCGACCAUCCUCGGCAACGUGCGGAUCGGCGCCGGCGCCAAGGUCGGCGCCGGGUCGCUGGUGCUCAUCGACGUGCCGCCGAGAAGCACCGCGGUGGGGAACCCCGCGAGGCUGAUCGGCGGGAAGAAGGGCGAGGACGUGAUGCCGGGAGAGUCCAUGGACCACACCUCCUUCAUACAGCAGUGGUCGGACUACACCAUUUGAGCCAGUGAGCCGCACAAGUCGCACUAGUGAUGACGCGUUGUGUUUGCCUAUAUUGUCGUGCUCGUCGCCGGGCAGAUGUACUGAAAGUUCGCUCUGUAAUUUUCGUAUCUUUUUUUUUUUCCUAUUUCUUAUGUGAAUGGCUUUACGUUUGCUUGGGCCGACGUCCGACGAGCAGGUCCCUGUCGGCCUGGCCUGGACCAACACGGUGAUUUUGGGCUUCUAGCCCAGGAUGCCUUUCUAUGUUGGCCCAAAGAAGGACAUGCAGACAGAUUUCAGCUGGGAUUCCCAAUGCUUCAAGAGCAUGAUCUCUGCACAUGCAGUGCUUCGUUCUAUCCACUCAGAAUUAAGAAUCCACAAUAGUUCUACAUUUCAGUGCUUACUUGGGUACACGGAAUGGGAUCCUAUGCAUUGAAGGAGUCAAUGCAGAGAUGCUACAGUGAUUGCACAGUCCAAUAAAAAUGGAGAGCCCAGAUCUGCUUUUAUGUGCUAUGUGUUGUAACUUGCUUUUGAAUUUUAUCAAAAUUACUUAUAAUA